AUGCAGCGCAGCGACCUCGGGCAGCUUUCUGCUGUGCUGGAUGAAGAGAAGGACUAUGUCGAAUCCAACAGGCCACUGCUGAGAGACGAUGAAAAGACGGCGGAUUCCGAGAGCCAGGUGCCAGGAAGGACGAAAGAGCAAGAUGCAAAUCGAACGCGGACGAUCGCCUAUCUCGGCAUGUACUUCGUGAUGAAUCUCAGCUUGACCUUCUACAACAAGCUUGUGCUGGGCUCGUUUGCAUUUCCCUGGAUACUCACAUCGAUACACACAGGGACAUCAGCGUUGGGCUGUUCGAUCUUGCUGCUGUUCGGUCACUUCCAACUAAGUAGACUGACCCUGCGUGAGCACUUUGUGUUGAUCGCCUUCUCGUUCCUCUUCACGUUAAACAUCGCCAUGUCGAAUGUCUCGCUGGAAAUGGUGUCGAUCCCAUUCCACCAGGUGAUGCGGGCGACGACGCCAGUGUUCUGCAUCCUGAUCUAUCGCGUGCUGUACGCGCGGUCGUACGCGCCUGCAAUCUACGCGUCCAUCAUACCGGUCAUUGCCGGCGUGGGCCUUGCGACGUUUGGCGACUAUCACUUCACCGCACUGGGCUUCACUUUGACGCUGAGCGGCGUGGUAUUAGCAGCUGUGAAGACCGUGGUCACCAACCGCCUCAUGACGGGACGGCUGAAGCUCCCGGCGUACGAGGUGCUACUGCGCAUGGGCCCACUGGCUGCGAUGCAGUCGCUCCUGUAUUCGGUUUUGACCGGUGAGUUCUCGGAGUUCUUGACCUACGUACGCCAAGGACAGCUUGAUGGGAAUCGAUUCAUGGCGGUUGCGGGUAACGGCAUACUGGCGUUUGCCUUGAACGUGGCCUCGUUCCAGACGAACAAGCUGGCGGGCGCGCUGUCGAUGACCAUCUGCGCCAACCUAAAACAGUGCUUGACAAUAGUGCUGGGCGCCGCAUUUUGGAACAUCCGGCUCAAUGCGGUCAAUGGGGCGGGCAUCUUGUUGGCGCUCGCUGGGGGUGCAUGGUACAGUUCAAUUGAGGUCAGAGGAAGGACGCAGCGGUAA